GUCAAUUGGUAUUAUCAGAUUUUUCAGACGGUCGCGGACUUCCUUAUCCGAAACGGAGCCAAGACAUAAAAAAUAAGAUUACAAGACUCGAAACUGUUUAUUUAGCUAGUAACGUUACGCUUGGAUGGAAGAACAUAGUAAAGCCAGGCUGUUAUAAUUACGAAGCGUGGCUAACCCAACCUAACUAGUUACUACAUCGCUCAAACAAACAAGGGAUGGUGCAGGCGAAGUCGUGGGGGAGCCCAAUACGAUCGCUGGGUUUUAUGUCGCAUUUAGCUGGGAAAAACGGUUUUUGUAUAAAAAUAAACACGUGCAGCAUAUGUCCGUUGCGGCCGUCUAGACUGGGAAAACACUGAAUUUUAACUUGCAUUGCAACAUCGAUUUUGGCUGCUGCAAUUUGGCAAGUAGGCUACGUUUACCAAGACGGCAUAAGUCCAACGUACCAGAUGAUUUUAUUAGCUUGAUACCACUCAGUUGGUUUUCUUUAUUCUGUUUGCAGACUCUGAGCAAUGAAGCUUUUGGAAAAUUCGAGUUUUGAAGCGCUCAGUUCCCAGCUGUGUGUCGAAACUGGAGACUCGCACAUCCUCGGCAGGAUUGAGAGUUACUCGUGUAAGAUGGCAGGUGAUGAUAAGCACAUGUUUAAGCAGUUCUGUCAGGAGGGGGAGCCACAUGUACUGGAGGCCCUGUCCCCCCCCCAGAGCAGCAGCGCCCCCAGCCCCGGCCUUCUGGGGAAGAGUGGAGAUGAAGCAGAAAACCCUCUGAGUGACAAGUGUUGCAGGAAGACGCUUUUCUACCUCAUCACCACCCUGAACGAGUCUUUCCGCCCCGACUACGACUUCAGUGCCGCCCGUGCUCAUGAGUUCAGCCGUGAGCCCAGCCUCAAUUGGGUGGCCAAUGCUGUGAACAGUAGUUUGUACUCAGCUGUAGGGGAGGAGUUUAACUCCCUGGGCCCAGAGCUUUGGAAUGCCAUUGACCAGGAGAUUAACCUGCAGAGCUGUGAUAUCUACAGCUAUAACCCAGACCUGGACUCAGACCCGUUUGGGGAGGAGGGUAGUCUCUGGUCUUUUAACUAUUUCUUCUACAACAAGAAACUGAAGCGUAUCGUGUUCUUCACCUGUCGCUCUGUGAGCAUCCUCAGUAACUAUGGCCGCAGUUGCCUUGACAAUGAGCUGGAUAUGGAUCUGGAGGAGGAAGAUGAGGUGGAUGAAGUGGAUGGCGUCUCAGAGGACAGGUUCUCCCAAGCUUUGUGUGUGUAGUGUUCUCAGGGACUCUAGCCUGCGCUUCAGCCGUUUCUACUGUAUGAUUCAGUCUUCUGCAUCUGUUGGACAUUUUAAAUGGCUACUUUUUUAAACUUGGGUUUUCUGUGGGUACGUUUUUUUGAUUACUCAUUUGGACACUGAGGACCCCUUCUGUCUGUUCUGGGAAUGGCAGCAUGGUUUGGAGCAUCUUUUUGGAUGAUUCUAGGAUGGCUGUUAGGACAUACUUCCCCAAGGCCUACAGCUCCUCUCUUAAAGGAGCCUAAGGACCCUCCUUCAUUACACAGCUUACAAGUCUUUGGUUUUCCUAGGAAAUGAUGUCAGGAUGAUGUCUGAAGUCCACUAUGCACCAGCAGUUAGCAUCGGAGGGACUAGUUUCGGUUGUAUAAAGGCGUCUGCUAAAGUGUGUGCACCCGUCCAUUCCUGUGACAGCCCUCUCUGGUUCUGGAUUUUACUGGACUUUCUGUCUACACUUUUUAAUGUAUUUUAUCUGUGUUUUAAGUUUUAUGAUUUCAUCUAUUAACAUCUCACAUGGCACUGAAAGCUCCCAUUGCUCAACGUGUUGCUGGUGUUUUUCACCGUGUCUUUGGCUGUCUGAAGCAGGCGUCUGGGCACCUGCCUGGCGCCAUCGCCCUGCUCCCCGCUCACCCGUGUUUGGAGGCUGGUCCUGUACAUGACUGACUGACUGCUGCAGUCUGCACAAGCUCCGCCCAUCCAACUCAGGUAGGGGUGCAGCCUACACAAGCUUCACCCCUACCUCUGCGGCAACCUACACAAGGUCUGCCCCUCUACUAUUGUCUCCUGCAGCUCAGUAGCGUUGUUGAGGUGUCAGACCUACCUAUAAGGCAUUGUUGAACACAAUUUUAAUGUUAUGUGGUGGUGAUGCAAUCACAGUUAAAUACGUGCUAUGAACUUCAGUAUGGAGCUUUAAUUACAUUUAUUUUAGCCAUGAAUUUUUAAAAGUAUUGUUUAACAGAUUAAAGUGUUCCGCAUUAAACUUUUGUUACGGAACACAUGUAAUUUUCCAAUACAAGGUCUAAUUUCUUGAAUUACAGUGUAAUAGCAUCGUUUUGGGAGUAUUACAAUAUUGUAAGUGAACAAGACUUUUAACUUGUAACUUCAGUAGAAGGUGAUGGGAGAGUUUACUGCAGUAUCUCCCAAACUGAUUCCACAGUGCAGAAUUUAAGCGUUAUUUAAGUUCUUUACACAUGUAGUUUCUGAUGCUGCACUCUUAGAUUAUCUGCUCUUUCUCAACAUUUCAUCUGGUCCACAGCAUGGUGUGUUUAUAUAUAUUAUGUGUAUUUGUAAAGUGCAGCACACGUGCUUUCUUGCUCAUUAAUAUGUUCUGUGAAUAAAGUUGUUAAAGCCAGCA